UUUUUCCUGGAGAGAACUGAGAAGGUUGGAAUCGGUGGAAAGAUCGGCAUUUUCUAGCAUCAUGACGUUGGAAAGUUGGAUGAGGUGAGAUUUGAUUUGGGUUUUCUCUGAAAAGACCAGAAGCUUCGAAUCAACGGAGAGACGGUGAGUUUUCUGGCAUUGGUGUGUUGGGAAGUCAGACGAGGUGAGUUUUGAAUUGGGUUUUAUCGGAAUAUCAGAAGGUUGGGAUUAUGGAAAGAUCAGCAUUUUGGAGUGUUUCUAUGUCGGGAAGUCGGCUGAGGUGAGAUUCGAACUGGGUUUUCUCUGAAAAGACUGGAAUCUUUGAAGAUGUUGUGAGGUCAGAUGAAGUUAGAUUUGCAUUUUUUUUUUCCCUUUCCAAUGGAAGACAUUUUCUAGAAUUGAUCUGUUGGAAAGUGUGAUGAGGUGAGAUUUGAAUUGGGUUUUCUCUGGUGAUACCGGAGGCUUUGAAUCGAUGGUGUCUUUUUUCCCGCUUUAUAUGUCCAAGAAGUUUGAUGAUGUGAAAUUUGAGUUGGGUUUUCUCUGGAAAGACUGGAAGCUUUGAAUCGAUGGAGAGAUUAUGUCUUAGGUGAGGUGAGAUUUGAAUUGGGUUUUUGUCGUCAAGGACAGAAUCUUUUAGACUGAUGGACUUGUGGUGAGGUCUGUCAAUGAUAAGUUGGAAAGACGGAUGAAGUGAGAAUUGAAUGUGCUUUUCCACCAGAGAGACUGGAAGCUUCAAAUUGACAGCGAUAUUUUGAAUUGAAGCAGCAAGCAGCAAAUAUGUUCAGGGCAACGAAAUGGAGGAGCAAGAAGAACAUGAUCAAAGCCAUAUUCAAACUGCAAUUCUGGGCAACACAGGUGCCGCAGUUAGGAUGGGAUUCUUUGAUGGUGUCUCUAGUUCCUGUGGAAGUUGGAAAACCAACAGCAAAAUCAGAAAAAGCUGCAAUUCAUGAAGGAAACUGCCAAUGGGAGAAUCCGAUCUAUGAAACAGUGAGAUUCACCAAGGAGUCAAAAUAUGGAAAGAUAAACAAGAAAAUUUACCGGUUUCUCAUUUUGACCGGAUCAUUGAAAGCUGGUUUGCUGGGAGAAGUCACCAUUGAUUUUGCGGAUUAUGCUGAAGCUAUAAAACCUUCCUCUGUCUCAUUACCCCUUAAGGCUUCAAAUUCAGGCGGAGUUCUUCAUGUUAGAAUUCAGAGAAUCCGAACAACUGCUGAUGCAAGGGAAAUGGAAGAAAAUGGAGAUGUGACGGUGAGACCGCAUGGUAGGACCUUGAAGAGCGAAUUAAGCAAUUGCGACACAGAUGGAAGCUGUAACACUUGUAGUGACAUUAGCAACUGCAAUUGUACUGAAGAUAGCUCAUCCGUUACAGGGAUAAUGCAAUCGAGCUUAUCUCAUGACAAAGCAACAUCUCAGUGUGCUGAAUCUGAUGGCAUUCUGAGAGCAUCUAGCUGCUCUGAUUCUACAUCAGCAUCCAAUUGCAGCUCAGGAAAAGAAACCCCACAAGAACUUGGAUUCAAGAACAGCAAUAUCCAUCGGGACGUGUCCUGCUUGCCAUUGUCUGUCAGCAACAAUGCUCUGCCCCUAAAACGAACAGCCGAUGCCGUUCAUUCAGUUACAGACUUUAGGCAGCAUCGGAGGUUGAACACAGAGUGGUCAGUCAGUUCAGCUCCGGAUGGAAGUCUAGAUGACUCAACAAACAGUUUCGAAGGCACCCAUUUGAAAGAAAGGCCGCAGGCUUCGGAUGUCUCCGUAGAAAAUCUAAAAAAUGAGAUGAUAGUUUUGGCGAGACAAGCAGAUGUGUCAGAGCUGGAAUUACAGACUCUUAGAAAACAGAUUGCAAAGGAGAGACGCACUGUGCAGGAUCUUUCAUGGGAAGUUCGUAGCCUCAAGGAGGAGAGAGAUGGGCUUAACAGAGAGUGCGAAAAACUCAAGGUCUCGCAACAGAAUUCUGAAAGUGGAAAGGUUUCGGCCGGGUUGAAAUUUGAAAGGGAGGAUUUGAGGAAUUUACUAGUAGAAAUCGAACAAGAGCUGGACUAUGCGAAAGUUCUGAACAUCAAUCUUCAGUUACAGCUACAGAAGACCCAAGAAUCAAACUCUGAGCUGAUUCGCACUGUUCAAGACUUAGAAGAACGGUUGGAGAAGAAAAACAAGGGAAUCCAAGAAGCAGAAUCAGGAAAUGGUGAUCCGCUUUCGCUGCCAUCUGAGAUGAAUCGAGAAGAUCACAACGUGCCUAUUUCCAACAUAGAAUACUCGCUACAAUGGAAGAUUGUACAGCUUUGUAAUGAAAUAGAGGUAUAUAGGAAAGACAGAGAAGAGCUCGAGACACAAAUGGAACAGCUUGCUCUAGACUACGAGAUCUUGAAACUGGAAAAUCACAGCAUGACUUUGAAACUCGAGCAAACCCAGCUGCAAGAACAGCUGACGAUGCCGUCUGAAUGCUCGGCCUAUUUGGCUGUUAUGGAUGACCUUGAAGUCCAAGUCGAGAGCUUGGAGAAAGAACUUGAGAAACGGGUAGAAGUAUUUGAAGCUGAUUUGGCAACCAUUGGACGUGCCAAAGUUGAGCAGGAGCAACGGGCCAUUCGAGCGGAGGAGGCAUUGAGAAAGAUGAGAUGGAACAAUGCUAGCACUGCCGAACGGCUUCAGGAAGAAUUCAAUAAUCUUGCAAUGCAAAUGUCACUUGCACUUGAUGCGAGUGAAAGGCGGGCCAUGCAAGCAGUUACUGAAGCCAAAGAAUUGCGUUUGCAGAAAGUUCAUCAAGAAAACUUGUUGGUGAAGGCUAAUGAGGAACUCGGGUUGGCUAGAGUCCGAUUUGAAGUGAAACUGAAAGAGCUUUCGGAUAAAAUGAAUUUAGAAGCAAAACAAAUGGAUAAGCUUAGACAGGAACUUGAAGAGAAGUCUAAUGAGCUUGAGAAUUUAAAGAAACCCAAGGAAGCAGGGGAAAGGGCCUUCUUGGAAGAAAUCGGAAUGCUCCGAAUGGAGAUAGAAAGGCUAGAGCGAGAGAAAAACAACCUUUCCGAACGGGGAAGAGAGGAAGCACUGAAAGAAGCAGAUGAUGUGAUGUGUAUGAAGGAUGGAAAUGAGAAGAUGGUUGGAAUUCUAAGAUCAGAGGUGGCCAGCCUUCAAAAUGAAUAUAAUCAAUUGAAGCAGUCCUUGUUAAAGGAUGGGUUAGAGAAAGAGAACCUAAGGAAGCAGGUAGAGAUAAAUGUAAAUGAAGCUGCGCUGAAAAACACAACUCAUCCAUUUUUAACGAUGGAAAAGGAUCUUUGCAAGAGGAUUGAAGAACUAGAAAAGGUUACACAAGAGCUCAAUGAGAAUAACCCAAGUUGCAAAGAUAAAUUUGACAAGAUGAGCGACGUGAAAGAUGUUGAGGAUGGAACUGGAAAUCCUGACAACUGCAAAUAUGGAAGAAAUAAGGCUGGAAAUUUGCUGGAGCCUGAGAUGGGAGCUACAGCAUGCAUUCCUGAUCGAAAUGCAAUUGAUGUAGCUCGAAUGACAAGCACUGAUGGAAGCGAUGCAGAGAAAGGCCCGGAAAUCUCAGCAGGCUGCGCUGGCGAUCACAGCGACAAUGAUGGAUUGCUGAGGGAAAUGGCAUUACUUAAAGAGAGGAACAAAUCCAUGGAAUGUGAGCUGAAAGAAAUGCAAGGAAGAUACUCUGAGAUGAGUCUCAAUUUUGCCGAAGUUGAAGGCGAGCGGCAACAACUACUAAUCACCAUCCGUUGUCUUAAGAAUGCAAAUAUGAAUUAAGAUUUGAGGCCUGUUGUUUUGCAGGGUUUGUAGAGUAAGCUUAUUGUACAGUGCAGUUUGCGGAGCCCGCUGUGAUGUUGGGGCCAUAUCCAAUCCAUCCAUAAGGUGCGCCUCUUCAAGUUCAUUGUGUCUAAAAAAUUAGUCCGAUCCAAAACACAGGUGGGUCACACCCUGGGAAUGGUUGUGAUGCGGACACCCACCAUUAAAACCUUUGGGAUUGUGUGUUAGGUACAUGUGCUUUUUAUACCAUCCAAUCCAUUCACAAUA